UAACAAAGCAUCAUUAUUUUCAUUAUCUUCAAAGGAAUUCUGUAGAAGCAGCCUUUAUUUUCAGACUCUGCAGGCCUGCUGGGAGGAAACAUAUUACAAUAAACAGAAGAAGCUCAUGGUCCACUAUCUGCUGCUUCUGAGUCAAGGCCAGGUCCCGCCCCAUGUCACCACGGAGCACAUGAGCAACUGGCUGGUGUCUCAGGGCAAAAAAUCCCUUAGGGAGAGGGUGUGGAAGGAAACCCUGGAGGAGGGAAACGACCUCGCUCGGCUGGCCUGGGAAGUAAACACUUGCCUAAAAAUGAUGGACAUAGAGCACGAGGCUUUCUGCAAGCUCCGCCGCUCCAUGCACUCCACCUCGGCAGCUGACAUCGAUCCUAAAGUCCACAUCAUCGUGGAGAGAGCUGUGAGGAGCAUUCUGGACGAGCAGUCCAAUGAGCCCCGUAGCAACCUGCUCAGCCCAUCUCAGGUGGUGGUGGAGGUGGUGCCCAGGCUCCUCCUGGCCCUGUGGCUUCAGCCAGAGGAAGGCCAUUCAGAGCACCCAAUCCUAAUAAGCGGGAUGGCCGUGGGCAUGGUGGCAGCUGUAGUGGAGAAGCUCUCCUGCAUGCUAAAGGACCCUUCCCCUCACAUCCCUUUCUCCCGGGCUGCUGCUUUUGACUCUGUGCGGUCGAUCCUCGGGAGAAUCAGUCAGUCCUUCUCCACGGAUGACCUCCAGAGCCCUUUUUAUAUGAGCUCUGUCUGUGCCUUUGUGGUGGACGAGGUGCAGAGCUGCUUCCAGCCCCCUGCAGCCACCCUACCAGUCCCCCCUGUCCUCGCGGUGGCCGUUUCCACCACACUACCAGCUGACAUCCAAGCAGACCAGGCUUCUUCCCACCUGGAGGUUGUGAACAUCACCCCAAACACAGAGGCAGACCCAGCUUCUUUCCACCUGAAUGUUGUGGAAAUCACCCCUAAUACAGUGGCAGAUCCGGCUUCUUCCCACCUGAAUGUGGUGGACAUCACCACUAACAAAGAGGCAGAUCCGGCAUCUUCCCACCUGAAUGUGGUGGACAUCACCACUAAUACAGAGCUUGAGCCCAUCUCUUCCCACUUGGAGGUUGUGGACGUCACACCUGAAGAAAGGAAUCUCACGAUGGCCGUCUUCGCCACUCUGCCAGCUGACAUCCAAGCAGAGGAUGUUGCUGUGGUCAUCCUGGAUGUCACCCCACAUGUCACCAAGGACGUGACACUGGAUGUUCCAUGCAGAGCUAGGAAAGGGGCAGUCCGGCGAUUAUUUUGCAGGCUUUGGAGGGCAGUAUGCUGCUGCGCCUGCCACAAGGAAGAGGAGGAACAAUAUUAAUUAUUCAUCAGACGUUCAGAAAUGGGAUUGAACCAUAGACCAUUAAAUUAUUCGCUUUAUAACUGGAUUCAAUUCUGCUUUUAUUCUGUUAACUACUUGAUUUCAGAACUUCUAUAAACUUUCUAUAAACUUUCACUUUGCAAUUGUGGAGUAUGUUGUGUAAAUCAGUGGGAAACAUCCCAAUUUUAAUGCUUUUAAUUAUUUACUUUGUACAUUUAAAAAAUAUAUAUAUAUUUGACAACAAAAAAUCAGGGGGCGCUCAACCAACGUUGAGUUGAGGUGCAAACAAAAAUUUGAAUCAUCAUAGAAAAGGAAAAAGCGCAACUCUUGCUCACUAUAAAAAAAUGCAUUGUUUUAUUAAGGCAAGGUUAAAAGAUGAACGUUUCGGCCUAGUCUAUGACGAUAUGCAAGUUGUGUUUGCCCAGUAAAAGGGUGACCCAGACUCACCCUGGUUCUUGAGGGUUGAAGACUGUGAAAAAUGAUCAUUAAGUAAAUGGGACUUUUCAAUUCUUAAAUAAAAAUCUUUAAUGAACAUGAAUUUAAAUACAAUUGCCUUGAGGAUCAGAGCAGGCAGGCUGACUGGCUAGCCCUGAAGGCCCUCUGCCUCUACCUCUGUGUGGUUCAUCUCAACCAAGAGGUUGUGUGGGUUGUCUUUCUCUCUGUGGGUGUGAAUCACUAUGACCUCGAGCCCUCUGCCUGCCAUUUGGCUGAUCAGAAGCCUUCUGCUCUUUCUUGCUCACAUGAACCGGAGGAAUUGCCUCUGGGGUAACCUCCUCCUCUUUCUAACGCCUCUUCCACCUCCUCUUUCUGACUGUGUUUGACUGAGGUCACUCGUUCUCUCUCCCUGGGUGUUGGAUAGUUCCUCCUCCUCUGUGUCUUUGUGAGUUUGGAGGGAGUUAUCCUGUUCCGGCUCCCUCUAAGGGUGUGCACCGUAAUCUCUUUCGGUGUGUUGAGGGGUUCAGUGGUUUUGGAGGGAGUCUGAAGUUCGAUCUCUAGCGAUGAGUGUGGAGUCUGUCCCGUGGUGGUGUCCCCCUCCCUCCUAAGGAGGAGCCACUGAGACAUGUGAUGAGGCCAAGGAAGAUCACUCUGCAAGGACGGGAUAGGACACAUCACAACACUGCUGCUCAUUUAUAUUCAAACACACCUCAGAGUACGGACACAAACAUGGACGCCAACCGCCACAUACACACAAUGAACUUACCUGUACAUAUCAGAAUCAUACAUUCGACAGCCACCUCUUCCCCCACAUGUAUUGAUCCCCCACCUCAAACAUGUUGAGUAAAUUCCAGAGGCUGGAAUGGUGCUGGAAUGCAGGUGCAGUAGGGCCUAGUAUGUAAUGAUGUGAUACCAUGUGUACCCCAUAUCCUGUGUUUGUGUAUGUUUUUUAAAUGUUAUUUAAACAAGGAGUCACAUUGACAUUAAACAUCUAUUUUACAAGA